CACUAUAAUGCUUUUCUUUAAUUUUUUGUUUUGUUUUGUUUUAAAUUCAUCACGAUUUCUCUUUCUCUCAAUAAUUAAUACGACGUUUCUCAACAGUAGCGAGGUGAAUCAACUUCCAUUUCGACGAAUCCAGUCUGCUCACAGCCAAGUGACCUUGACCUAUCAAAACCUGAAGGUCAACAAAGGGAGCAGAAGCAACAUCCAUGCCUGGGUGAGGGCCCGUGCUCUUUCGCCAGAUGUGUUCCCGAAACACCUGAGGGCGACCAGUGCCAAGUCAUACUUGUGGAUCUCUCUGGAGCAGCUCAGCGGCUCAGAAAACCCCCAGUUGCAGAUGUACAACUUUCAGAAGUGUGCAAGACUCCAAGCGAUGGACCAGACGCAGUCAACAUCCCUCAUAGCGUCAGACCUGUUCUCUGUCUACUCUGGUGUUGACCAUUUCACUUCAGACAAGCUCAAUUACAUUGCUGGAAAUUUUGAAUAA